UGUGUUGCCGUGGUGCAGUCAUGACUUGAAGGACAAUGAAAGCGAACCUUGCAACUCCGCCAGAGCAUCCUGAAAACUUGCAACUCCUCUGAAAGCUCGCCUUAAGUUGCAAACCGAUUCUUCCAAUGGAGGAACUGGAGACUCGACAAAGUCAUUUAUUUGCACGCAUCAAGCCGUUAUGCAAUUCGCUUUUACAUUGUGGACAGCAAUCGUUGACGAGAGAAACGGCCCGUGAAGCGUCGCUGUUGUUGAAAGAUAUUGUACACCAUUUGGAAUCGACGCCCGAUGCCGAAUCCGUUAUCAACCAAGGGAUUCUGGACGCUAUUCUUUUCCCACUGUUGACACUUAUCAAGACACAUGUGCAAGGGCAGCAUUUGUUCGAUAAUGUGGCGGAAGCGAGCUUGCAUUGUGUGUUGUUCUUGUUGACGCGCACGUUGUGGUCGACGCGAUUUACACCAACGUUGAUACAGCAACUGGUCACGUUUUUUACAUUGUCGAUUGAUCGUCCGUCAUCGGUGGAAGAAGAUACCAUGCGUGCCAUGUCAGAGGAAACCAAACAUUUGGCAGUGAAAUGUCUUGCUGCGACGCUGCCAGCCAAAUACAAACAAGGCCGAUUUCAAGCAUUGGACGAUCCUUGGCACGCCCCCCUUCUUGGUUCUGUCACGGAUCGCCCUUAUUUACUCAGCCUAAGCCAUACUAUAACGGUGCUUCUGAAACUCGCCAAACUCGAAUACAACCUUCAAUUACGACUCGACGCACUACAAACACUUUCACAACUGUUACUGGAUAACGUUCGAAACGUGGAUAUCGUUGCUUCCCUGCUACCGGGCGUCAUCUCAACCCUCAAUCGUAUCUUAUCCCAAAAGAAAGAGAAAGAGAACCAUCAAAUUAUUGUGGCAACCCUUGAUAUCCUCGGCGACUGUAUUCAAACCGUGAUGCGAGACGAUCUGAAUGCUGAUUUCUUGCCUCAAAUCCAUUCCUUGGCCGAUCUUAGUCAGUCAGCUGUCCAAGCCGAGGCUCAACAGUUGGCCGGUGAUUGCCAAGUCGCAAUUUCUGCAUCGAAAGAGACCCCAACCGACCCCUCGGCCAUCUUUCGACGAACACAGGAAUGGCAUGAUCAAUUCAAACAAAAUCUGCGCAAACACCUGGAUCAAAUGUUAUCGUUGCGACAUCAUUCGGAAUGGAGGACUCGUCUCGCUUUUGUACAGCUGGCUCACAAGCUGCUGUCAAGCUGUGCACGAUCCAUCGACAACUGCGUUGCGUGUCUUGUCGAAACCCUCGUGCUGUACAUUGAUGACGAGUACCCGGAAGUGUCCGAAGCGUGUCAAACGUAUAUGGAGCAAUCGAUGGCGGAUCCCACCCUUCGAUCGACUAUGAUACCCGUUCUAAAAUCAGAGCUGUACCGUUGGAUGACGUCUUUGCCGCGUUCGGUGAUUACGGGUGACGAUACCGAGAAAUGCCAUGCCAUGACGCUUGUUGCAGGGUACAUUUUGUUUCUUGACGACCAUGUCGCCAGUAUUCUCGAGUCGGUGCUUGGUCGUAUCUCGGAAGGUUGGUUAUCCGCUUUUGAAAUGGACACACAGGGACUUUACGUUUUGGAUGAGCAACGCCCUGCACAGUACAUCGAACUCGGCGACAACCCUUCUCUCCAUCGACACAUUACGUAUCCCAAAUUUCGUCUCAAGCACCUGUUAACCGAUCGCUCCGUCGAGCGGGCAAUACGAAUGUUUAAUGUCAUUGGACGCUACGACGAUACCGAACAGUGGAUCACUCAUUUUACGCAAUGCAUGAUGACCGAAGCGGAUGGACAGCUCGGCGCCAAACCCCAAGCUGGAUUUAUUGUUCACGCUUUGUUAAGCGGUGCAGCGUCGACCCACAAUGAAGAGAUGGAUGAUUACAUGGAGAUACCUGAGACUCGAGAUACCUAUGUCGUUCAACACCUCGCACUGCGAUCGCUGCACGAUAUGAUGGAUAUCAUUGACCCAUCUCUGUCACACGAAACGUUGGCCGGUUCACGUGGGACCCUGGUCCACACUCGAGAACGUAUUCAAGCUAUCGAUGAAGCGAUGGGAAACGUCAUGACCAUCUGCUUUGCUUUAAGAAUUGUUGGUCUAGCUGCAUGUCUGAUGGAUACCGCUGCCUUGCAAGAUGAAUUGAUUACCCUGCUGUACCCUUUACUGGUUCAUCUAGGGUCCGGCAAUCUAUUUGUGCGCAUGUAUGCUCGUAUUACGCUGGACUCCAUCGCCAUGCGAUGCGGACAACCAAAUACCAAGGAAUUGGCCAUGCAGAAUAUCGAUUACAUUAUCAACAGUGUAUCGCAACGCAUCAUUACAUUAACGGCCAAUCCGAAAGCUCCGCUUGUACUCAAGGCCCUCAUUCACGUAGCAGGCUCGGAAACCAUUGUUUACCUGGAAGACUCGGUCGAGGAAAUAUUUGAUGCGCUGGAUCGCUAUCAUGUGGACGAGUGGAUUUGCAAUCAGUUGUGUGGUGUCUUGACGGAAAUUGUGAAAACCGUAGAAUGGACCGUUCCUCAAAUCAAGGCGUCCCAGUCAACGCCAGUCGUAACGGAAAACUGUGACGAGCACAGUGUAUCACAAGAAAUCAUGGAUUUCGUCCAAGCGCGAAAGCAAUCCUUCAAAGGUGAGGAUGAUGAAGGCCUAGCAUCCAUGGAAGAGAUCGGACAGUAUUUUUUGGACCAGCAGAAACGCCAGGAACCACCGGCAGCGGAAGAAUUGCAAGACAUGGAGCAAGACUCGGAUCGCGGGACCGCACCGACCAAGAAGAAAACGAAAACGGAAGACGAAGAGAACAAGCCGCUGAGCCAAUCGGAACAGAUGGUGCUCCAGAUUAUGGAGAAAGCCGCUCACUUUUUGACAGCACCGUCACCGCAGCUGCGGUCGCAGAUGUUGCAAGUAUUUUCCGGCGGAGUCACAGUGCUUGCCAAUCGCUUGGAUAAAUUGAACCCGCUUUUGCACACCAAAUGGCCCCUGAUUGUGAACCGAUUGGACGAUCCGCAAACCUUUGUAGGAUUCCACGCUGCCUCUUUGAUCCAGACAAUGACUGAAGUAUCGGGCGAUUUCCUGUCGGGAAGAAUCAUGGACGAUAUCUGGCCACGGUUCAAAACCGUGCUUCAACAAGCAUCGACCAAUCAUCCCAACACGGUGAAUUACUCUGUCUACUCCUACCUGCAUCGACUGCAGCGCUCCAUCUUGCUAACAUUAACUCAUGUGGCGGCCACGGUGGAUCUACGAGGAGACGUUGUUCGCGACAUGUUGGAGCAUACAAAAUACUUUUUGCAAGCCAACAUGCACUCCAAUUUGCAAGAAGCGGCAGUUACGUUGUUCACGACAAUGGGAAAAAAGUAUCCGGACAAUGUAUGGAUAACCACCUUUGCUUUACUGGGCAAGGGGGCCCGAAUGGUUCCUGGUGCAGACCUUUUACCGGUAUUCGAAGUACCUCGUUGGCUGCAAACACCAACUCAAACUUUUAAAGCUAAUGCCCAGUUGAUCUUGGCUACUCUAUAAUACGUUCCAAAAUAAUGUUCGGCGCCAACCAAUGUAAAUAGUAUUCAUUUUUCUCGAUAUACAAUAAAAUUAGAAAACUAGCUUCAUUAAUU